AUGGUUUCUCCCAAGCAGCUGUUGUCGAUAGUGGAAGAGUCGUUGCUCGGCCCAAACCCGCCGACGCCGUCUCAGAGGGUUGAACUCAUUCAUGCCAUACGACAAUCACUUCCUUCUCUCCGUUCCCUGCUUUCCUAUCCUACUCCAAAACCCUCGGACCGAGCACAAGUGCAGGCUAAACAAGUCAGACUUCAGGAUUCUGGAACCGUCACGCUUGACGAUCAAGAUGUUCAAAUUGCCAUUAAACUAAGUGACGAUCUCCAUCUAAACGAAAUUGAUUGUGUUCGCUUGCUAGUGAAUGCUAAUCAAGAGUGGAGCCUACUUGGGAGAGACCCCCUAGAGAUUAUGAGACUUGCAUCGGGACUCUGGUACACUGAGAGGAGGGAUCUUAUAACAGCACUUUAUACUCUGUUACGGGCUGUUGUUCUUGACCAAGGGCUUGACGUUGAUCUUUUGGCUGAUGUUCAAAGAUACUUGGAAGACCUAAUUACUGGUGGAGUUAGACAACGUUUGUUAUCACUGAUAAAGGAGCUAAGUCGGGAAGAGCCUGCUGGCUUGGGUGGGCCUAAUUCAGAGCCCUAUGUCAUUGACUCAAAGGGUGCUAUCGUGGAACGCCGAGCUGUGGUUUGUAGAGAGAGACUCAUUCUCGGUCAAUGCCUUGUGCUUUCUGCACUGGUCGUGCAGACAGGUCCGAAAGAUGUGAAAGACAUGUUCUCUGCCUUAAAAGAUUGUGCUGAACACUUUGCCGAAAGCCCUGAAGUUCUAAAGCAUCAGGUUAUAUACAGCAUUCUUUUCGCUGUUGUGAUUGCUCUCGUUUCAGAUGCAUUGAGCACAUCACCUGAGGCUAUAUUGUCUCGUGAUCCUUUAUUUAGAAAUGAGUUCCAGAAAAGUGUAAUGGCGGCUGGAAAUAAUCCUGUUGUCGAGGGCUUUGUAGAUUGCGUAAGAUUUGCUUGGGCUGUGCAUAUGAUGUUAACACAAGAUGCACUUGAGGGAAAGGAGACAUCUGAUUCUUCGUCUAAUUACAUUCAAUACAUUUCUUCGUGUUUGGAAGUCAUUUUCUCCAAAAAUGUUUUUCAUUUUUGGCUGGAUAAGGUUCUCCGAACAGCAGCUUUUCAGAAUGAUGAUGAGGAUAUGAUCUACAUGUACGAUGCAUAUCUUCACAAAAUGGUCACAUGUUUCCUUUCACAUCCUCUAGCUAGAGAAAAGGUUAAAGAAGCAAAAGAAAUUGCUAUGAGAACACUUAGUACAUACCGGCAGACUUCACAUAACUUUAUGGUGGAUGGUGGUGCCAAUUUGCAACAUCCUGCAGAAACAUCUCAAUCUUUUGUGGGCUUGCUGGAGUUUGUGAGUGAAAUCUAUCAGCGAGAACCUGAGCUGCUGUCGGGAAAUGAUGUCCUAUGGACCUUUGUCAACUUUGCUGGAGAGGAUCAUACUAAUUUCCAUACAUUAGUUGCAUUCUUGAAAAUGCUGAGCACCUUGGCUUCUAAUCCAGAAGGUGCGUCGAAAGUCUUUGAAUUGCUUCAGGGGAAAGCAUUUCGGUCUAUUGGAUGGAGCACUUUAUUUGACUGUUUGUCGAUAUAUGAGGAAAAGUUUAAGCAGUCCCUUCAGAGUCCUGGAGCUUCAUUACCAGAAUUUCAAGAAGGAGAUGCAAAAGCUCUUGUUGCAUAUCUGACAGUUUUGCAAAAGGUUGUUGAGAAUGGGAACCCGGUUGAAAGGAAAAAUUGGUUUCCGGAUAUCGAGCCUCUAUUCAAACUCCUUGGUUAUGAAAAUGUGCCUCCUUAUCUGAAGGGUGCAUUGCGUGACACCAUUGCUACGUUUGUUAAAGUUUUCCCGGGUUUGAGAGAUGCAGUUUGGACUUAUUUAGACCAGUAUGAUCUCCCUGUUGUUGUUCCUCAGGUUGGAAAUAAGAUGCAGUCGAUGGCCACUCAGAUGUAUGAUAUGCGGUUUGAGUUGAAUGAGAUUGAAGCUAGAAGAGAGCAAUAUCCUUCUACUAUAUCCUUUGUCAACCUUCUGAAUACUCUUAUUGCAGAUGAAAGGGAUGUGAGCGACCGGGGGAGAAGGUUUAUCGGCAUCUUCAGAUUUAUUUGUGAUCACGUCUUUGGACCCUUUCCACAGAGAGCUUAUUUAGAUCCGUGUGAGAAAUGGCAGCUUGUCGUAGCGUGCCUUCAGCACUUCAGGAUGAUACUCGCAAUGUAUGAGAUCAAGGAAGAAGAUAGUGAAGCUGUUGACGUAUCUCAAAGUUCCGCAGGGGGACAAUCUACUCCAUUAGAGAUGCAGCUUCCCAUCAUAGAGUUGAUGAAAGAUUUUAUGAGUGGGAAGACAGUGUUCCGCAAUAUUAUGGGCAUUCUUUUGCCAGGAGUCAAUUCCAUUAUCACUGAACGCACAAAUCAAAUUUAUGGGCAAAUCCUUGAAAAAGCUGUCCUCCUAUCAUUGGAAAUUAUUAUUCUGGUCUUGGAGAAAGAUUCAUUUGUUUCUGAUUUUUGGCGCCCCCUUUAUCAGCCUUUGGAUGUCGUUCUCUCUCAGGAUCACAAUCAGAUUGUCUCUUUGGUGGAGUAUGUUAGAUAUGAUUUGCAACCCCGAAUUCAGCAUUGUUCUAUCAAAAUUUUGAGCAUUCUUAGUUCGCGAAUGGUUGGUCUCGUUCAGUUACUUUUGAAAUCCAAUGCUGCAAGUUCUUUGAUUGAGGACUAUGCUGCAUGCUUGGAGUUGCGAUCUGAGGAAUCACAAAUUAUUGAGGACAGCAGAGAAGAUCCUGGUGUACUGAUUCUGCAAUUGCUCAUCGAUAAUAUUAGUAGGCCUGCUCCAAAUAUUGCACAUCUACUUCUCAAGUUUGAUCUUGAUUACUCAAUUGAGAGAACCGUGCUUCAGCCAAAAUUUCACUACAGUUGCUUGAAGGUCAUUCUAGAUAUAUUAGACAAGCUUUCGAAACCAGAUGUAAAUGCAUUGCUACAUGAAUUUGGUUUCCAGCUCCUGUACGAGUUAUGUUUGGAUCCACUUACUUCUGGCCCUACUAUGGAUUUGUUGAGUUCAAAGAAGUAUCAGUUUUUUGUGAAGCACCUAGAUACAUUUGCCAUUUCUCCACUUCCUAAGAGGAACAACCAGGCUCUUCGGAUCAGCUCCCUUCAUCAGCGGGCAUGGUUGUUGAAGCUUUUAGCGAUAGAAUUACAUGGUGCUGAUACUGCCAGUUCCAGUCAUCGAGAAGCAUGUCAAUGUGUUCUCACACAGCUCUUCGGAUUCGACAAUAGCGAGAGUUCCACUGACAAGCAUAAACUCCCUCCCAUUGCUUCAAUCAGCUCUGAUAUUGGUGGACUUAAAUUGAUUGGCAAAAACAAGGUGUUGGGAUUGCUUGAAGUGGUCCAGUUCAAAUCUCCAGACUUGAAGUCUUCGGCUAUUUCGAAUAUGAAAUAUGGUUUUCUGGCUGAGGAUAUCCUUAAAAAUCCAUCCACUGUUACAAAGGGUGGUAUUUAUUAUUACUCAGAACGUGGUGAUCGUUUGAUUGAUCUCGCUUCCUUUCGCGACAAACUCUGGCAGAGAUUCAAUUCAUUGGACACCCAACUCAGCUCCUUUAGUGGUGAAGUUGAGCUGAAUGAAUUAAGGGAGACAAUCCAACAGUUGCUGAAAUGGGGAUGGACAUUUAAUAAGAACCUUGAGGAGCAAGCGGCUCAGCUUCAUAUGUUAACGGGCUGGUCUCAGAUUGUAGAAGUCUCGGCAUCUAGAAGAAUUUCAGCACUUCAAAACAGAUCAGAAAUGUUAUUUCAGUUGCUGGAUGCUUCCCUUACUGCCUGUGGUUCUCCUGACUGUUCACUCAAGAUGGCUCUUAUACUCACGCAGGUUGCAUUGACAUGCAUGGCAAAAUUACGCAAUGAACGAUUCUUAUGGCCUGGGGGUUUGACAGCCGAUACAGUCACCUUUCUGGAUAUCAUGUUGACAAAACGUCUGUCUAAUGGAGCUUGCCAGUCUAUUUUAUUCAAGCUUGUUAUGGCAAUUCUUAGACAUGAAACAUCAGAAACUCUGAGGAGACGCCAAUAUGCCCUGCUUCUUAGCUACCUCCAAUACUGUCAACACAUGCUCGAUCCCGAUAUUCCUGCAUCCGUCCUGCAGUUCUUAUCAGCUAAUGAGCAAGACGAUGAUCUGGAACUACACAAGUACGACAAGGAGCAAGCUGAAUUGGCUCGGUCCAACUUUGCUAUCAUAAGAAAGGAAGGUCAAUCAAUCCUUGAAUUGGUAAUAAAAGAUGCGACCCAGGGCAGUGAAUCUGGAAAGUCCAUGGCCUUCUAUGUGCUGAAUGCAUUGAUUUGCAUUGAUCAUGAUAAGUUUUUCCUAAGCCAACUCCAGAGUAGGGGUUUUUUGAGGUCUUGCUUCAUGAACAUUGGCAGUAUGUCGUAUCAGGAUGGCAGGUUGUCAUUAGAGUCCAUGCAGCGGAUGUACACGCUUGAAGCAGAGCUUGCUCUCUUGUUGAGAAUUAGCCACAAAUAUGGGAAAUCAGGUGCCCAGGUUCUCUUCUCGAUGGGCGCUCUAGAGCAUCUUUCAACUUGUAGGGCGUUAAGUAUUCAAAUUAAGGGAGGGCUCAGAAGGAGUAAUUCCAAGUUUGGGAGAGAUUAUUCUGCCGAUGUUGGUGAACAACGAGGUGUCAUUGCUCCAAUACUCCGACUGGUGUUUUCCUUGACUUCAUUAGUUGAUACAUCUGACUUUUUUGAGGUGAAGAACAAAGUUGUGCGUGAAGUUAUAGAAUUUGUGAAGGUCCAUCAAUCGCUCUUUGAUCAAAUUCUUCAGGAAGAUAUUUCAGAUGUUGAUGAGCUAAAUAUGGAGCAGAUAAAUCUUGUUGUUGGCAUACUUUGUAAGGUUUGGCCAUAUGAAGAGCCUGAUGAUUGUGGAUUUGUUCAAGGGCUCUUUCGGAUGAUGCGUACUCUAUUCACACAUGAUGCAGACUUUUUUAUGUCAAAAGAAUCAACUCGUUGUCUGGAGGGCAAAAGGAAGGAAGAGCUGCACAGAUCUCGCCUCUGCUUCAGUUUGAGCUCCUAUUUAUAUUUUCUUGUGAAGAGGGAUUCUGUGAGAUUACAGAUUUCAGAUGGUCCAACAUACCAUCGUGGACAACAACAGCCUACAUUGACUUUAAUUGGCCUUUUCCUGAACUCGUUGACUACUACACUUGAGCGAGCCACUGAGGAGAACUUUUUGCUGCUCAAUAAGGUGCGAGAUAUUAAUGAACUAUCAAGACAGGAGGUUGAUGAAAUAAUCAACUUAUGUUCUCGUAAAGAUUGGAUUUCUCCUUCCGAGAGUAUCCAGAGAAGGAGGUACAUUGCCAUGGUGGAGAUGUGCCAGAUUAUUGCAGACCGGAAUCGACUAGUUACCCUUUUUCUUCUGCUUGCAGAAAAUUUGAUGAACAUUAUCCUUUCGCAUUUUGAGGAUAGAUCUUACAUGGGCGAUUCUAGUCAACCUAUGAAAGCAAUUACUUAUGCCAGAAAGGUGGAUUCGGAUGAGGAGGUCAAUCUGCUUUGUCAGAAGUUAAUUCCCACUCUGGAACGGCUUGAAUCACUAUCUGAGGAAAAAACAGGGCAUGAUCUCAAGGUAUUUUGUAGAUUAGCUGGUACUCUGAAGGAAAUCUCAUUUCAGAAGCUGGCAUUGUGA